UUCGGUAGCCGACGAUCAUCUAAGAAUCAGCCAGUGUUUCUCUCGUUCGCUCACAAAUCAAAUCGUCAAUAUGGUCUCUACUCGUCUCGCCCUCGCCCUUGCCGUCAUCAUGGUGAUCCUUGCCCUCAGCGUAGACGCUGCCUUUAGAAAACCACCCUUCAACGGCAGUAUAUUCGGCAAACGAUCCAGCACUGUAACUGAUUAUGAUGUUACCAGCCGCUCUCUGUCAACCAUUUGUGAAGUUGCCAGCGAAACGUGCACCGCUUGGCUACUUCGGCAAGAGUCCAACUGAAGAUAAAACUCCGACCCAGAUGUUUCACGACCUCACCGACUGAUCAAUUCAUGAAACGAUAUAAUCAACUGAGAGAACUCCUGUAAAGACCCCUAAACAUGUGCUUAAAGUUCAUCACGUUGUCUCCUGCAAAGUAAUCGUUGCUGCAUUACGUUACAUAUCUAAUCAUAAAUUUAUAUUUAUCAAAACGAUGUUGUGUAAUUGCGACUAUUUAAGCUUUUAUGAUAUGUUUAUUGCAAGCGUCACGAAUAAAACACCAUGAUUUG